CGGAGGGUGUUGGUGCUUCCCAGGGAUGCUGGGGUGUUCCCGGGGCUGGCGGGACUGGCUGCGGCACGUAACAGGCAGAAAAAGCUUCUGUCUUCCUUUAACGAGCCAGGGCUGCGCUGUAAUUCUGUGUUUUACGUGCCUUCCCCCUGAAAGAGUUGCCAUCCUUCAGCCAGAAGCGCGGGAAAGGAGUGGCAAACUCCACUCUCCUAGAAAAUCUCUUUUAAGAUGGAAAAAAAGACCCCUUGUGUUUGAAACCACGAAGCUUCCGUGUUCUCCUUUAAGGAAGUGAGGGAUAACAGGCAAACCACAAGACCGUGAGGCGCCCGAGGCUGUUACAGCUCUCUUUUGGCAAAAACCUCAAUCCUGCUUUUAUUUUCCCAGGCAGAGAGCGGGAUUCGGUACUGGCCUGACAUGAGAUGCUCCCCAGAGCAUUGUUUUAUAAAAAAGUGAUGUGGAAUGCAGCAGUCCAUGCUGAGUUCAUCCACGACCACGCUGACUACGGCUUCGAAACACCCAGUGUCAAGUUCAGCUGGAGAACCAUUAAAGAGAAGCGUGACGCUUACGUGAGGCGCUUGAACGAGAUCUAUGAGAGUAACCUGAAAAAGGCUCACAUCGACAUCAUUCGGGGCUAUGGAAGGUUCACUGCCGAUCCUGAGCCUACUGUCGAAGUGAAUGGGAAAAAGUACACGGCUCCUCACAUCCUUAUAGCUACGGGUGGACGCCCAUCCGUCCCUCCUGACAGCAAAGUUCCUGGUGCCAGCCUGGGGAUCACCAGCGACGGCUUCUUUGAGCUGGAGGAGCUGCCCAGGCGCAGCGUUAUUGUUGGUGCUGGCUACAUCGCAGUGGAAAUCGCAGGGAUCCUUUCCACGCUGGGCUCCAAGUCCUCUCUGCUGAUCCGCCAGGACAAGGUCCUGAGGACCUUUGACUGCAUGAUCAGCUCAAACUGCACCCAGGAGCUGGAGAACACUGGGGUGGACGUCUGGAAGCACACACAGGUCAAGACGAUCACCAGAUCUCCCCAGGGGCUGCUGGAUGUGACAGUGAUCUCCUCAGUGCCCGGCCACAAGCCAGCGGAGGGAGUAAUCAGGGAUGUGGACUGCCUGCUGUGGGCUAUUGGACGGGAGCCCAACACCGAGCAGCUUUGCUUGGAUCAAGUGGGCGUGCAGGUAGAUGCCAAGGGCCACGUGGUGGUGGACGAGUACCAGAACACCACCAGGAAAGGGAUCUAUGCUGUCGGGGACGUCUGUGGGAGAGCCCUCCUCACCCCAGUGGCCAUUGCGGCUGGCAGAAAGCUGGCGCACAGGCUUUUUGAGGCCAAGGAGGACUCCAGGCUGGACUACCAUGACAUCCCCACUGUGGUCUUCAGCCACCCACCCAUUGGCACCGUGGGCCUUACCGAAGAUGAAGCCGUGGCCACACACGGAAGGGAGAACGUGAAGAUCUACAGCACGUCUUUCACCCCCAUGUACUACGCCGUCACCAAGAGGAAGGUGAAGUGUGUGAUGAAGCUGGUGUGUGCUGGCAAGGAAGAGAAGGUGGUGGGAUUGCACAUGCAAGGGCUGGGCUGUGAUGAAAUGCUGCAGGGCUUUGCCGUGGCCAUCAAAAUGGGGGCCACCAAGGCUGACUUGGACAACACUGUCGCCAUUCAUCCCACUUCUGCCGAAGAGUUGGUGACACUGCGCUGAGGCGGUGGGUGCAGGCAGCCCCAGGGAUGGCAGCCGCAGCUUUUUAUAUCUAUUAAAAAAUGCCUUAAUGUCAGGUGGUCGCUCCAGAGCGUGCCUGCAAAAUCAGCGUGGCUUGCUUUGGAAUGGACAAUAAAUACAGUGAUGCUGGCAAGUCUCUGUCUUUCUGUUUGUGGUGAC